GGUCCCACUUAUCGAAAUUCAGUCAUGAGUUUUGUCCUUUGAUUGCGGGAAAAGCGUAGGUUAUGUUUGCACGAUGUGUGUAUGGAAUUAAUGUAUUAUAAAGAUGUCAGCAAAUUCAGAAGCACAUACAGAGAAGAAAACGAACGCUUUCAACAAAAAGGAAUGGAGGCGACGGAAGUAUAGUAAUAAGUAUAAAGUUGAACAGUGGGAAGAGCACAGACGAAGAGCUGUUCUCCGCAGUUAUCACAAAGAGUUGAGGAGGUCUGCAAGCCAGUCGUCUGUUGGAAAAAACCACAUGUCCACAUCAUUAAUUUGUGAAAAUAAGGAAAGGUUACCAAGAUUAACUGCAUACCAGAAAGCAGAGGAGGAUUAUAAGUGCAAACAAGAAGAAAAGAUAGCAAAGCUGAAAGAAGACCAAAAGAAGAGACAGGAAAGAUCACAAGCUAUUGCCAGAUACCAGAAUAACAAAGCAGAAGUGUUCAAGAAGUUAUCCAAGAAAACAAAGAAGGGCCAACCUGUAAUGAAAGGAAGGAUAGAAAUUCUGCUUGAGAAGUUGCAGCAAGAUUUGCAAUCUUGAACUGAAUAUACUGACAUAAACUGAGUCUUGUUUUGUUUUUAAUGUACACUUGAUAAAGCAAUGGAAUCCAUUUUAAUAGUGAGCCAGAAUUUGAAAACCAUCAAUUCCUUUCAUGAAAUAUGAGAGUAUUAGUGAACUGAAGCAUUUCCCCCUCUAUAUUUUGUUUGUUUUGGAUAAGCGUCUUGUGAACAUAUUUUUAAUAAACCCGUGGUUAAUGUUACAAGUAAAAUAAGAUCAGCUAUUUCUUUGUGAAAUUGGCAGAUACGAUGAUAA